GCGUGCUUCACAGCGGUUUGAACAACAAUAACAACCAUUCGAAGGAAGCGACAGAGGAAGACAGCUGGGUCCAUGGAGUCCUCUGAUGAAGAGGCGCUGCGCACCUUCGUCCAGGUGGUCAGUGAGAAGUACAACCCAGAGAAUUUCCCAUACUGCCGUGGGAACGGCAUGGGCGUCGUAGUGCUUUCCAGUCCACAGGGGUCGCCCAUUAAAGAUCGUCUGAAUCUGCCGAGUGUGCUGGUCCUGGACGGCUGUGGCAUCAGUAAAGCUGGGGACGAAGCUGAGGUGGCCACCUUUUGUGCCCAUGUGGUGGAGCUGGACCUGUCCCACAACCAGCUACAAGACUGGGGGGAGAUCUGCACGAUUGUGUCUAACAUCCCCAACCUGGACUUCCUUAACCUGAGUAUGAACCCUCUGAGUGGGAUUGAGCUGGAGCCAGGCCUGGCUGAGGUGUUCUUCCGAGUCCGCCGCCUGGUUCUCAUCAACACCCGUGUCACUUGGGACACGGUACACACACUCACACGCCAGACCCCUGAGUUAGAGGAGCUCUUCCUUUGUCUGAACGAGUACGACCAAGUGGCCGAAUCCCCGGUUCCCUGCCCCUCCCUGCGCCUGCUUCAGAUCACAGACAACCAGCUACAGGAGUGGGACGAGGUGCGUAAGUUUGGGCCCAUGUACCCGGGCCUGCAAAACCUGGUGUUGUCCAACAACAAACUGGGCUCUGUGGAGGAGGACACACCUCAGGACACACUGCAGCGCCUGUUUCCUAACCUGCGCAGCAUCAACCUCAACAACUCAGGGCUGAACCGAUGGGAGGACAUAGAAAGGCUGAAUUUCUUCCCUAAGCUGGAGGAGGUGAGGCUGAUGGGGCUUCCCUUACUGCAGCCCUACACAAACAAAGAGAGACGCAGCCUCACCGUGGCACAGUUGCCGUCUGUGUCUGUGUUGAACGGGAGUGUGGUGACGGAAGGGGAGAGAGAAGACGCUGAGAGGUUCUUCAUCAGACACUACCUGGACUUUCCUGAAGAGACGCUGCCUCAUAGGUACCAUGUCCUGGUGUCCAAGUACGGACGGCUUGCCCCGCUGGCCGAGGUGGACUUGCGUCCGCGCUGCAUGGCCACGCUGGAGGUGCGCUGGGGCGAGCGGACGGAGACUCUAAGCUUGCGGUUGGAGCAGACAGUCGGGGAGCUCAAGAAGGAGCUCAGGGCCCUGGUGGACCUGCCAGCCAACGGCAUGCGGCUGUACUACAUCGCCCGCGAGCUAGGCUCCGCGCUGGGACCUGAGGAGAUGAAGUACGGCAGUCGGGCACUCCACUCGUACAUGAUCCAAGACGGGGAUGAGAUCCUGGUGGUGCCCAAGACUAAGAGCCGCACCAUCUCGUCCACCUCCUUGGACUCCUAAGAAGAGUGUGUGUGUGUGGAGGACUCAGGACUUAUUUAUAGACUGAGCAGCUUCUGGACACCAACUGUCUAUGCUGUCUUUUAUUAAAUGUUUUAGAUGUUUCUUGGUAAAGCACCUUACUGUAUAUAAAUAUAUAUACACACACACCCA